GCUAUUGUGGAGUCAGCAUGCGCAGAAUGCAGUAGCUCUUUUACUUGACAUUCUGCAAUGAUUCGGCGGUGUCUUUAUUUUGAUUGAUAAUUGGCAAUUACAUUGUAAAAAAUGAUAAAACUAUGAAGAAUCGAAAUUCUAAAUUGUCUUCCGGUUUCAAUAUACUGUGCCAUUUCAGCUGUCAUAGUCAUCGUGAAGUAUAACCUAUCGCAGAAUUGGUAAACACCGAAACAUAGGAGGUGGUUUUGAUAAAAGAUCGAACGAUCACUAAAAAAACAACACAUGGUAAUUUAACAGUGCAAACAAGAUUGCUAUAUAAGGCCGUUAAGAAAUUUCUUUCGAAAUGAAAAUAACAAAAUCCACCGUUCUCCUUUUGGUUUUUGUAUUAGUGUUAUCAAUACUUGUAGCAAAUGUUGCCGAUUUAAUUAAUGUUGACACUCACGUGUUAGAUGAUACUUCACCUAACAAAAAUGUAAGAAAUGAUUGGUCAAAGCCAAAAUUUUAUGAUAUUGGAGCAUCGUCUGAUCAUUUAAUUUGGUUUCUCCAGAUAUCAGAUAUACAUAUAAGUAUAUUUCAAGAUCCACUAAGGAUAACAGAAUUAAAAGAAUUUUGUAACAUUACUGUGGGUACUAUUAAACCACCUGUUGUACUUGCUUCAGGUGAUCUUACCGAUGCAAAAACCAAAGACAAAAUGGGAUCAAAACAAAUAUUAGAAGAAUGGCAGUAUUAUAAACGUAUCUUAGAUGAUACUGAAGUUAACAAAAGAACCUUAUGGUUAGAUGUGAGAGGCAAUCAUGAUAAUUUCAAUGUAGUAAGUCUUGAGUCAAGAGAAAACUAUUAUUACAAUUAUUCGAUUCAAGGAAAGAAACAUCCAAGGUCUUACAUGUAUACUAUAAAUAUUGGUACUGAAUUAUAUACCUUCAUUGCAAUAGAUGCUUGUUUGAAACCUGGUCCAAGAAGACCAUUCAAUUUUGUUGGUGUGUUAGAUGAACGUGAAAUUAGAAGUAUACAUGAGUUAAUGAAUAAAUCCCAGGAAAGUAAUGCGGAUUAUAUAAUGUGGUUUGGUCACUAUCCUACCUCCUGCAUACUCUCACAAUCAAGUACAGGAAUUAGAAAUGUUAUAGGGAGGUAUAAAGAAAGCAUGGCAUAUCUUUGUGGACACUAUCAUAUGCUUGGUGGAAUAGCGCCUAAUAUGUACACGCUACAACAAGCAGGAUUCCUUGAAUUAGAAUUAGCAGAUUGGAAAGAUAACAGAAUAUAUCGUUUAGGAGCAAUAGAUCAUGGUCAAUUUUCUUUUAUUGAUGUGAAACACAAAGAAUGGCCUGUGGUAUUGAUCACUAAUCCUAAACAUGCUUUGUAUAUGAUGCCUAGGAAAGAAAAUUUAAUGUCCAUUAUUAAAUCUACAUACAUUAGAAUAUUAGCAUUUUCGAUCGCUCCAAUAAAAAUCGUAGAAGUUCGAUUAGAUGAUUCAGCUUGGUCGAAAUGCGAACAUGUCAAUGGACCAUUAUAUGUCUUAAAAUGGAAUUCAACAGAAUAUAGUGAUGGAAUCCAUACUAUUCGAGCACAAGUUACAGAUGUAGAUGGCAGGGAAACAGUAGUGUCUCAACCAUUUGCCCUUGAUGGAUCUCGUUUAUCAUUUCGUAUUUUACCUAGGCUUAUCCUAAUGUCGAAUGUCAGUGUUAUUUUUCAGUUCUUAUUUGGAACAGUGUUAGUCUUGGUAGUAAUUCCAUUGUGUUUACUUCGUUUUCUUCAUAUAUUAUGCGAGAAAAAUCAGAUGCAUCGACCGCGAUUCAAAAUAAAAUUUAUUCAAGCAUGGCUUAGAAAAUUGUGGAUACUAUCUACAGUCGACCGUCUUUUUUUCCCAUUAGUACUAUAUACAUUAUAUUUAACGGUUGGUCCAUGGGCAAUUGGAGAAGUAAUAGAAAAUCAUACGGGUGUAAUUUUUGCUUGGGGAACAUUUGUGAAAAAUUCUUAUCUGCCUGGCGGUUUUACUUAUGCUUACGGAUUUUUUCAGUUAUUUUCCUUCCAUUUACCACUAAUGUUAAUCUUAGGACACAGAGCAGAUAAACGCUUACAGACAGCUAAUAAGCUGCAUGAUAAACAAUUAUCUAAAAUAUGUCGUCUUUGGGAAUAUUUGCCAAUUACAUUAUUAGUUUUAAUGCAAACGUGUAUGGCUUACUUCUUUUGGUUGGCAUAUGGAACAUUAGCAACUAUAGUGUGCCCCCUACGUACUUGGAGCAUCUUCUUAGCAGUAAUGUUAUGGCAUCAAGUGAAUACGAUGCCCCAAUCGUGUCUAAGGUCAGCUGCAGAGAUAUGGUCCUCCCAUGGUUGAUAUACACACUAACAUAUUCUAAAAAGGCAGUAGUUUCCAAGUGUUUAUUUUAUGUAACUAGGCUAUUCUUAUAAUUUGAUCUAUUUCUGAAUCCAUUUAAAAAUACACAUGUAUGGGAUGAGGCACAUAUUUAGAGCUAUCUCGAUAACUUACAAAAAAUGUUGAUUUUCACAAAACUCUUAUAUAUUACGAGCCAUUUCAAUUAGCUACACAACACUUUUAAUCAAUCAGUUGCAAAGUGUGACGGUAAUAAGUUGAAAAGGUGUUGAGAUUUUUAUACUCACAACACACAAGAUGUUUCUGAAGUUAUUCAAUUGAUUUCAAUUGUGUGCCUUAUCUUGCAUAUGCAGAGUUAAUAAACAGUCUUAGUAGUCCGUUAUAAAUUAGUCUUUUAUAUCUUAUAUGUAUAUGUAGAGUAUUCAACUAAUUGGGUAUCAGGACUAAUUAUAAUACAUUUUAUGAAUUCGUACAAUAGUGAUUGAAAGGAAACAUUUAUUUUUACAUUUCAAUUUUAUUAUUAUAGUCAAUGUGUAUAUGUUACAAUUCAAUCAGUUCCUUUAAAGAGUGCCACAAAACUUUUUAAAUGGAAUUAUAACAAAGACUGUUAAUACUUACUAUGCAGUUCUUAAUAUUUAUUAAUUAAUUUUAACAAUUUACAUGCAUUUGUGUGCUAUAUUAGAUAAUUUUUAAAGUCAGUACAAUGCAUAGUAGUCAUGCAUUGCUGAUGAGCAUUUCUUAAAAUAAUUUAUUUUCUUAAAUAAUAACUGUAAUACUUCCAUAUUUCAUUUUUAAAAUCUGAAAAUGUGCAUUACCUAAAAGAAUUGGCAGGGAAAAAGAAACAGAAAGUACUGUUAUCUACUUUUUCGGUUAUGUAUUGUAUUUGAAUUGUUUAUGAAAUUAGAAUUUCAGCCUAGAAAUAAGAUAAAAUGCAAUAACAUAUAAUAUUUUAUAUAAAAUAUCAGAAAGAAAAAAAUUAUCUUUAAUUUUUAAAAAACAUUAAAUUGGGGAUAGAAAUCUCAUAAAUAUUUUGUUUCUA